GAGAGAGAGAGAGAGAGAGAGAGAGAUUACUCUGAGGACAUGGCAGGGAGCGUCUCUGUCUAGGAUCAGGACACAUGCUCACACUCACACCUCUCGGUUAACUUGUGAACGGCCAUGUGUGUGGCGCUAUAAAUACCAUGGCAAGGACGGUGCUGCACGUUUGUGGCUACAUGUUGUGGCUAUACACCGAAAAGCACAGUGUGGCGGCUCACUCUACAGUAAGGCCAUCUCUGGUCAGGCAUGUGUCAUGCUUAACACUCCUGCCCUCUGUUCAAGCCACCUUUGACACACGUACAGGUGAUUUCUGUGGUUUGUGAAGUAGACCUGUACAGUAUCCCAUGUCCUGAGACACAUGUUGAUGGCUUCUGAACCACUCGUGAUACUGCUUUGAGAUCAACAGCUGUGAGAUGGCCGUCUCCCAGAUCACCCCCACCUUGUACCUCAGCGGAGUGGACACUGCCCAAAACCGCACCGCAGUCGCCCACCGGCGCAUCACCCUCAUCGUGAACGCCACAGUCGAACACACCUGCCCCGACUACCCCGGCGUAGAGUGCCUACAAGUGCCCGUCCCUGACCAACCCCACGCUCCUUUACUCGAACACUUUGACGCGGUGGCUGAACGCAUCCACAGCAACCAGAGCGGCAGCACCCUAGUACACUGCUCGGCGGGCCGCAGUCGCUCGGCCUCCCUGGUCAUGGCCUACUUGAUGAGGUUCCAGGGGGCCGACCUGCUCCAGGCCUACCGCUGGGUCCUGGAGGCCAGGCCCUUCAUCCGGCCCAACGCCGGCUUCUGGAGGCAGCUGCUUGAGUACGAGAGGAGGCUGUAUGGGAGGAACUCUGUCCGCAUGGCCGCCACUUCACUUGGGGUGUUGCCUGAGGCCAUUCCAGAGUCAGCCGGUGGUGGAGCAGGGACUGGGGAUUGUCUUAACACAUGAAUUGAAUGGCCCUACUGUGGCUUAACCGGGCGUAGGGCACUCAUCUGCUAUGUGGCCCAACCUGGGUUCGAUUCUGGCCCGGGUCC